AUGCUCGUCACCAAGUCUGCUGUCCUGGCCUGCCUGGCCGCCUCCGUCACUGCCGUUGACAUCCGCUUCUACCGUGGACGUGGCUGCGGAAGCUCGUACGGCCAGUGCGGUAACAUCGUAGAGGGUAGAUGUUGUACCGUCAUCCCGACGGAUCCCAACUCUGCAAUGAGCUUCAACGUCCUUCCUAGCAACGCGAAUCUCUAUCUUUGGGGCCACUUCCAGGAGAACUGCGGUGGCGCCGUUGCCGGGGAAGCUCGCAGCAACGGCAACCCCAACGUGUGCUUCCCUACGCCUCAGUACCGCUCCGGCAGAUGGACCCGCGGCGUCGGCAACCGCUACGUCGCCGAGGUCGAGCAGUCUGCCGACCAGGCCUGCAGCCACCCCGAUAAGCUCAUUUACGAGGACAGCAGCGAGGUCGAUCUGGCCGACCUUACUACGGAGGAGUUUAACGAAGUGUCAAGUGUUAAUAGAACGAUUGCUAACUUUUGCUUCCUCAAAUCUAGCUGGCGCACUUUCAUGGAUGGUGGCAACGCCACCGAGGUCCAGAGCCAGAUCGCCACGCUCCGCAUCUAA